UUGCGUUUCCGGGUCGCGAGGCGGGGAGAGCGAUUGCCGGAAGUAGUCGCUGAGGAAAGCCCGGUCGGACCCGGCAGUUGGGAGUGCGAGGAAGCGCCGGCUGCGAGCCCGGGAUCAUGGACAGAUAAGGCUCGGCAGCGGUUGAUUGGCCUUGGUCCCCACAAUCCCAAAAAAAAACAGGAUCUUGACAAGCUCCAUGAACUGAAGGCCAAAGCCCGACAGAUUAUGAACCAGUUUGGCCCCUCAGCCUUGAUCAACCUCUCCAACUUCUCAUCCAUAAAACCAGAACCUUCAAGCACCCCCCCUCAGGGGUCCAUGGCCAACAGUACCACAGUGGGAAAGAUGCCAGGCCCCCCAGGGGCAGGGGGGCGUCUUAGUCCAGAAAGUAAUCAGGUUUUGACCAAGAAGAAAUUACAGGACCUGGUUAGAGAAGUAGAUCCCAAUGAACAGCUGGAUGAAGAUGUGGAAGAGAUGCUACUACAGAUCGCUGAUGACUUCAUUGAGAGUGUAGUGACGGCAGCGUGCCAACUGGCCCGGCAUCGAAAAUCUAACACUUUAGAGGUCAAAGAUGUUCAGCUGCAUUUAGAGCGCCAGUGGAACAUGUGGAUCCCAGGCUUUGGUUCAGAAGAAAUACGGCCCUACAAAAAGGCCUGCACCACAGAGGCUCACAAACAGAGAAUGGCCUUGAUCCGCAAAACAACCAAGAAAUAACCCACAGGAGGGCAGGGAGAAGACAGCAUUGCAUUGGGAGAUACCAGAUAGGCCUCCACAGUAUCGCCUAUGGAAUUUUUUUUUAUGCUUUAAAGAGAAGCAUAUAUAUUUUUAUUAACAGUACAGCAAUAUCUCUAGUGACUGAGGAGACCUGCCAAAAACCCUAGCCAUUAUAUGGUCCCAGCUCCCCUUCCUUUUACUUGCCCUCUCAGAAGAGAGCAAUGUAUCUCAGCCCAAAGGAGGUUUUGUUUGUGGUUUAUCCCAAGUGGUUUUGAUUGUCCAAGGGACAGAGAGAGCAUCCUGGUCUUGUUUGUGCGACGGUAGCAGUUUCUGUUUCCCUUUCCUUCCCCGUACUUUGUAAUGUCAGUGUUUAUAUAAAAUAUGACUUUGAUUUGUUUUUCAAAAAUAAAGAUGUUAUUAAU